CUUAAUUUAUAUCGUACAGAUGUGUCGAUUAAAAAUGCUCUCUCUUAUGGCUAUAUUAUUGAAUGGUAAUGGUGAACGUUGAUAAGGGAAAGGAGAAAGGGAAUUUGGAAAAAGUAGGCGUGGAAACAAGAACGCUGUGUUGUAUUAUUUACUUUUUAUUUUAGGCGUGGUGUUGAUUUAAGCACGUUUGUGAAUUGCUAUAAAGUUCAAGAGUUGUUGGAAUUCUAGCUGCAUUGUAAUUUUGUUUCACUAUUUAUUUACGUUUUAGGUGUUGGCGUAUUUGCCUAAUAUAUAACCUGUCAAAUUAUUUUCAUUAAACACGACAGUGCUAUCAGAUUUGUAAUUUCAUUGUUUGUGAAGGAAUACGUGUGUUUGCUAAUGAUUAUGGACUAUUAAUUUAUUUUUAAAAUAUUCAAGAUUGUUGUUUGAUAUCAGCUCGGCAAUGGAUACGGAAAGAAAAUACAAUAUUAAAAGCCCUGCUGUGAAGAGGUUGAUGAGAGAGGCUUGUGAACUUAAAGAUGCAACUGGCGAGUAUUGGGCUUGCCCAUUAGAAGACAAUUUGUUCGAAUGGCACUUCACUGUGCGGGGGCCUCCAGACACAGAUUUUUCUGGUGGAGUAUAUCACGGCAGGAUUCUCCUUCCCACUGAGUAUCCCAUGAAACCGCCAAAUAUAAUACUUUUGACGCCAAAUGGUAGGUUUGAGACAAACAAGAAAAUAUGCCUGAGUAUCUCGGAUCACCACCCUGAAACGUGGCAACCAUCAUGGUCAAUUCGUACAGCUUUACUUGCCCUCAUUGCCUUCAUGCCGACCCCAGGGACGGGGACCAUAGGUUCUCUCGACUACACCCCAGAGGAACGAAGGACUCUCGCUCGCAGGUCUGUAACGUGGGAGUGUCCAACCUGUGGGAAAAUUUUGCAUCACCUCUCGACAUCAUCGUCGGAGCCUCCAACAAAAGAAGAAGCUGCCUUGAUAAGCCAGAUAUCUUUAAAGGGAGAGACAACCAGGCCAGAGCCGGCAGAUCAGGAAAGAAAUACCUCGGAACAGAGCUUUGCUACUGCAGCCAGUUCGGCGGACGGGGAUGAUGGCAUGAGGCAAAGAAUGCCCACUGCCCCCGUCAGAGAAUUGAGCGUGCGAGCGGAAGACAACGCGCCACCUCAGCUCGUCCAGAUGAACAGUCGCUCGGAGAGCUACAAGAAUUUGCUCAUGUGGUUUUUGAUAGGCGCCAUCAGCUUGCUGGUGUACCGCCGGUUGUUCCUUGUUUAAUCAAGUGUCCCUGACCAAACAGAUUGCAUAGAUUCACGGGGAGUGAUUUCUGUUGGUCAAACACUCGUUGCGACGCUGUUAAACUGUCCACACAUAUCUAUAUAUAUAUAGUGUAUUUGAAUGUUAUUAUGAAUGUAUAUACAUAGCAACUAUUGUUUUAUAUGAAUAUUAUUGAACCAUUGUAUAUAAGUAUUUAAUACUAUACAACUGAGUUGUGUUAUAUAAAUUAGCUAUGUAGCAAGAAACUUGACAAGUUAAUUUUGAAGGUAUAAUCUGAAAGACCAAAGAUAAAUAAUGUGUUCACUGCUAAAUUAACUACAUCUUACUUGGAAUAGUUAUUGAUUCAGUCAAAGCUUUGUUUUACUGUCUUGCCUCGUUCAUCUUUUUUUUCCCCUGUACGUUAGAUAACUCUUUUAAGAAGGGAGGAAAUUGAAUUAUUCUUCAAGAAUCAUAUUAAUCAAGUUUUGAUUGGUCAGACCAGUCUUCUCCCACCUAGGUAAUGCGGUGAGAUUCUUCUAAAUCUAACCCAGGUGUUACUAACAUGGGAAAAUUGAUGUGUUGUUAUAAGCCAGUGGGUUUUCUCUGGGGUAUCUCUGUUUUGUGAUCCAAUCAUUCCAUCAAUGAUCCAUUCUCAUAUCUUCACACCUCACUUGUCUCUCAUGAUCUUGAUGUCGGUGAGAUGUUAAGCCCGUUCAUUUAGUUUCCAGAACAAAUUUUAUUGAUGCAACACUCUUUAAGUUUGCAAUUACUAAUAUUAGAGUAUAGGCAUGUGUGUACUAGUUGAUGGUGGGGUACGGUAAGUAUAGUUUUGGUUUUACCACUUAAUACCAUGUUUUAUCGCAUAAUCGUAACACUUGCAUGAUUGUCGCAUAAACAUUGCAUGAUUUUUUGGUCCCACUGUUAGAUUCCAAGUGCUAUGUGUAGGCAGUAAACAUGGCUGGCUAAAGUACCGUGACAUAGCAAUUGGUUUUCAAGUUGCAGUUUGUUAUUUAUAAUGGGAAAAUAUAGUAAUCACAAUUCUUGAUUAAGAAAGUACGGUUUCCCGUCCAACAUGGUCAGAUGUAAGAUACACGUUAUUUUUCCCCAUGUAGGAUGUUGUCCAUAAACUUCUCCAUGUAAAAUGAUGUAUUUUAAAGUUUAAAUCUAACAUACGUUCGUAUAUUACCGCUUUCUUAUUUAAUUAACAGAAAUACUAAGUUGUCUGAUGUGUAUAUUUCUUUUAAAGACAUUUUCAAACAUUAUAACCUUUAUCUGUUCAUCUUUGUCGCUGCUGUGUACUGCUUAUAAAAAUGUAGCCAGUGCUAGUUGGCAUAAUUUAUGUUUGGUUACGUUGAUCGAAAAUCAAUAUUGUUAGCACGCGAUUGCUUGCAACGUGCGUGCUCGGUCUCUUACAUAAUAAACUACAUCUGAUAGCUCGCACUCUUUCGUAGUGAGUGUGUACUACGAUGUUGUUAUGUGUUAGUUCCUGCUCACGUUUGGGUCACAGUUUUCAUUUUUAUAUUUAAAGUUGGACGAAAUAUGUUUUUGUUGCAUAACCUAAUAAUUUUAAUAGUUUUCCGUGCUUUUGUAUACUCUACUUUUAAAUAACCAUACUUUCCAUGAAUAGGUUUUGUUUUUUUGAAUAACAUUACUUUAACAAAAAUGCUUUUCUUUUUUUUUUGCAUUUUUCAGACUUUAUUUUAAUAUAAAAUGUGUGUAGAUUAUAGGGUUACCAACUAUUUCAUCCUGACCAUAAAGGACACUGAACCCCACCUAAUAGAGUGGGGGGUCCGGGGACCCUCCCCCGGACAAAUUUGAAUUUCUAGAUGCAAAUUGGUGCUAUUUUAGCAGUUUUUGUACCUGAAAAUAAAUUAUGCUCCUGGUUGAAAUAUUAAAAUUUUUUGUAUUGGCCUAAUAAUUUUUUUGAGUGAUGAAUUUAAUACUUAAAGAUAAUUUUAGUUAACUAAGUAUAAAAAUUCCAGACAACUCAUAUGUGAUUGAACAUUGGUAAACUAACUUCAACUCUCUCCAAUGCAAAAUGUGAUCAGGAAAAAAGUGGGGGAUGGGGAGGUUGCCAAAGCCACUUAGCCCUUCCCCCGCCCCCCUUAGAUUAGAACCACCACUAGGGACACCAUAACAAGCAACUUAAAAAAAUAUAUUUUAUCAUUUUUCAUUUCACCAAACAAACCCAACUUUAAAUUAAAUGUCAUCUCGGGUAUAAAGUACACAACAUGCAAGACACAAAAAACAAUGUUUCACAAAAAAACUUAACUUGGCAACAAAUGUUUUACACAACUAUUUACAUUGACAAGGGGCUUCUCCGCUACUUGCAUGUAGCAAACUCAUAUUUUUCUACUUUUUUUGCUUGAAGGAGUAUUGCUUGGUCAUUUUUAAUUUUUUCAAAAUAUUCCUGACAGCUGUAAUUGUAAUUAAGUGUGACAAGAAAUUCUGAUUUAAUCAGUUUCAAGGAACACCUGUUUCUGUCAUCGCACCAUUUUUUUUUUUUCAUAAUUGAAAAAACACUUUCAACAAAUGAGUUUGAGCCAGGUAUGCUCAACACAAAAGAAAUUAGUGUGUACUUGUUGGGGAUUUCAAUGAUGGAAAUUUUUUAUAAAAAUAUAUAACCAUUUCUUCUCUACACUAUCAAAUGACAGACUAGAAAUUUCUUUCAGAGUUUCUUUACAUUGCAAAAUUCUUCAUAAAAAUCAUUCGUAUUAAAAUUUUCGAAGCACACAAAAGAUUUCAAGGAACUGACUACUUCUUCAAACAUUGAAAACUCUAGUUGGUUAUGCAUUAGAUUCACAACACGUAGUUGUUUCAAAAAAUAUUUCCAUCAAUGACUUGUCCAAAUUUGAAAGGCUGGCAUGGUAAAAGUAAGAAGAUUGUCAAUAACUAUUGUUUGUUCGUGGGGCAGAAGAUUGUUAAGCGAUGAUUUUGCCUCUGUACCCACAAAUUUUUCAUUAAUUCUGUUAACAAGUUUUUCUCUGAGGUCAACCAUAACAUCGAAAGUUUUAGUGACAGCUAAUUUACUUUCUUCUAAUUUAAGUACUGCUGCAUGAAAUAUUUUUGAAACAUUACAGAAGAAGGCUAAAUAAUCUUUAGGUUUAUCUUCCCUUGUGCUGUCGUCAUUAUGAAAAAAACUGUUUCAAAUAAUAUGGACAGUCCGUUAAACUCUUAAAAUAACUAGAUACUGCAUCAAAGUUCUGCCAAAGUCUGUCGACAGCUUUUCCUAACAAAAGCCAUCUUGUUGGAACAUGCCGUAAUAAUUCACUGUAUUCAAUUUCCACAAAAUCAAAAAAUGAUAUAACAUAAGCUCUGCCCUUCUCUUAGCAGAACAUGAGAAAUGACCAUAAGUUUUACAUUUUCUACAUCAAUAGCAAGAACUUCACUAGCAUGUUUACAACAAUUAUGAAUCACAUGGGCAUUGCAGUUCGCUUUAGCUAUCGUACUUUUUUUCAGUUUGCAAAAGUUUAUAUACACUUUUAUUUUUUCCAAAAUUCACAUUAGCAUUAUCUGCAGAGUAUGACACCAUUUUGUUGGGCGAGAGCUCAAAUCGCUGAAUAAAAUCCUUUAGAUUUUUGUGUAUUUUGGCUGCAGACUCGUCAGAAUCUUUUAUGAAAUCCAAAACCUAAAAAAAGCAAAAUGAGUUGUGAGUGAAGAAUGUUUUACGGCUUUUCAACAAGAAUCUUUAGAGAUCUUAAGAGCCGAUGUGGAUAUGGAGCUGGAAUAAAGGGUGGAGGAAACGGGAGUACCCAGAGAAAACCCACCCAACGGCAUCUUACAGGCAUGAUUCUCACUUGCAAAAAUCCGGAGAUCCAGACGCCGCGACCCCUUAAAUGAGUUAAUGAAGGCUAGGACUGCAUAAACUGUAGAUUGAUAAAAUUAAUAUUAACUGUAAAUUGCUUACCUUCCACUGAAUUCCCUCGCAGGCAUCAAAAUAACGUACACAAACCGGAAACAUUUUUCUAUUUCCUUUGUUCGAUGCAUCUGUUCACACUUUUCCGGAGAUUUCAGAAUUUUUAUGAAAUCAUCUACAUUUUUAGGAGCCAUAACAUUCAUGACAAAUGAUUCGGCUUUUAUUCUUCCACACAAUAAUUUCCGCGCUAUUUCUGAAUCACUGCCAAAAACAUGUCGUAUCAAUUUUGUAUUACAAUCAAAACUGUUAUAACUUAAACCAUGCUUCGUAUUGUGAUAACAUAGAGCCAGUUCAAAUGCUACAAAAGAAUUUUGAUCGCUAGUGCCUUGUUUUACGAAAUAACUGUUUAUCUUAGUUUUUUCACUCGCAUUUGCUUGUUGAACCGUGUUUCUAUGUAACAAUGUUGAAGCAUGCUGUUUUACAUCGUUUUCGCCGCCGUGUGCUAUUGAAAACUCUCUUUUGCAAAUUACACAUUUGGCUUUGUAACUAUUAUCACUACAUGUUACCCACUUAUAGUUAUGUUCCCAUUGAAGUAAAUAAACGCACAGCUGUUUCUUUUUUCGCGGUAACAGGUAGUGCGGCGCAGGUGGGAAAAUACUUUUUCAAUUUUAUGCAGGUGUGUGAAUUGAACUUUAAACAAGAUACGGGAAAUAUCACAUCUCGUCCUGCCUACGUACGGGAUAAUUCUUUUAGUCACAGAAUACGGGAAAUCCGGUACAAUACGGGACGGUUGGCAACCCUAGUAGAUUAUGCAAUUAAACACUUUAUUUAUUGUGUUGUAUAAUUAGUUAUUUCGCCAAUGACAUUCUGUGUGUUUUUUUGGUAAGUUUAAUGAACAUUGUAUUAUAAGGAAGCCUGUGACUGAGUAGAAGAAAUACAAAUUCUGUACCUGUUUUUGUCACUUUGUUCACAGUUUGUUUUGAAUAGAAAUGUGUUACCGAUCUUGCCAAAAAAAUUUCUUUACUAAACAUAAAAACAUCUACUUUAAAAACCUUAUUUUGGCCGUUUUUUGUUACACUCAUUUUUUGGAAUGAUGAAUCAUAAAGUCCAUAUUGCACAAGUUUAUAUUGUGUGGCACCUGGCAAUUAGUUUUUGUUUCUUUGCAUCUUUAUUUUCCUAUAUGCAUACUUAGUUCAUGCUAAUUUUAAAACAUCUAACAUAAGAUAAUUAUUUUUUCAAAUAAAUUGAAAAUUUUUUGGGUUUUCUUAAGAAGAUUUCAUAACUAAAUGGUGUUUAUGAUUUGGCAUGUAUGUGCAGUAGGCAAUUGUGAAGACCAAAAUGAAGUUACUGUAAUACAUAAUAGUGUGAGUGAAACUAGUAAUUUAGCAUUGUUUUGAUUAGAUUAUGAUUAACUGUAGCCAAUGAUCAAUAUCAAUUACUGAUUAAUCGUAACCAGCCAUUAUUUAAACAGUUACUAGUUCAGAUUACCUGUUUAAUAAAAAUACAGGAAGACCACCCCAUGCCAUUAUGAAGAGUGUUCCUGCAAGGUCAGUCCUAGUUGUAAGUGAAGUAUGCGGCUGCCACUGUCUCAGGCUUUAUAGAUGCAUCAAAAUGGAAUUUCUAAUAAAAAAAAGGGGAAGUUUUUAUUUGGAAAUUAUUUCUUUAUUAAUAAAAUACAUUUGCUGUUGUACUUAUAUUCUAAAGAGGAGGAAAGGUGUUGCUAGGUACCUUAUUUGUAAUGGCCAGUAAUAAAUUUUGUGGAGUUUUAUUUGCUUGUGUAUUAUAUAAUGAGUUGUAGCUGUUGAUAUGGUUAUGUUUUCCCUUGUAAACCCACUCCUGUGCCGUCCUUCCGAAGUCUGUUUGUGUUUGCGCUCGUCUUGCUGGCGAUGCUCUUGCUUCUCUGUAACAGUUUUACACAAUGCAUUUUUUUUUGAGAGAGUAGUUGGUGGAAGCAUGUUUAUAUUGCCUGAUGUUCCAGAAAAAGGAACUGAAAUGUUAUCACAGGAUCCCCACAGCAACUAUCAGGAAUUCCAAUGGAAAGAUUGAAUAUCCCCCAAACCUCCUGAUGUUAAAUGAAAAUUAUUUGUUGCAGUACACUUGUCUGAGUACACAUGCUUUAUGUAUAUUUAGUUUUUAAUUUUUGUUAUUAAUUUUUUUUUAAUUCCGUGGGUUCCGUUAAAUUGAAAUGAGUUGGGGUUGCUCAUCUUCUGUUAGGAAUGGUUUCUAUUUCACCCCUUAAUUGCACCUUUUUAUUAUGUUUACCAAAACCUUAUUGCCUUGAAUAAUAUUUCCAAUAAGUAUUGUUCCCCUUGCUGACCAACUUCACCAUACUUUUAAAUUCAUCACCAUACUCAAAUAUACCGUUGUGAACUACAAAGUAAAGUAGCCAAGUGACUCUCAUUCCUGUUCUAAUUCCAGUCUGGACCAUCCCAAUUUAGGUUUUACAUUAUUUUCUGAAAUCACUCCAUGCCAACGCUGGGAUAAUUCCUGACCAAAUUUAAUGGCCAAAUGAUUUUCUGAUUUCCUUCAUUUGUAUAGUCUUCCCAUCUAUAAUGACCAUUUUGUUGGCUAAACAUAGUCAUAAAAAUACAUUUUUAUUAUCCUAUGUACAUAACACCCCAAAUUUUAAGCAUUGAUCUGUAGCAUCACAUUUUAAAUGCCUUAAUUAUUUUUUUAAUUACUUAUGCUUCAGUUAUUUUAGAGACAAUAGAAAAACAUUAAUCACAUUUUAUAAGGUAGCAAGUCAUGUCAAAAAUCAUUUGUAGUAUUAGCUGUAUCAAAUACAAAUCAAAUACAUAGUUAUGUUGUUAUUUUUGAAGUUAUGGAACAGUACAGAUAGACUACACUUUUCCAUUACAUUAUAUCAUGUGAUAAAACUACACUAGCCCAAAAUGGGUUGUAACCGUAAAGGGUACUGUAAUUGCGUCCCUCUUCCCUUUAAACAUUAGUUUUUACCCAUUGUUUUUGCCAAAUUACUUUGUGCAAGCCACCGUGUUGAUUUGGGUUAUUUUGACAGCAGGGUGGCGAACUGUUCCAAAUUGCAGUGUAGCUAUUUCUGUCACAAAUAAAUAAAAAUAUCUGUAUGUAACUUGCAGUAAUUUUUGAAGACUAAAACCAACAGGAAAUGCAUGAAGGCUUUAGAACAAGUGUUUUUCUCUGGAACUGCUCUGCUAGGAAUGGAAUGAUAAAAAUGCAUUUUUCUUGUCCAUCCUGCUAAUGCUGUGUAAAUUUUCUCCUGUACUGUAUUUGUAACAGUUUGUACUUAUGUAUAUAUGAAUAUUCUUAAUUUUUUGAAAACAUAAUUUACUAAAAAUGAAAGUUUCUGUGGUAAAUUAAGUAUUCAUCAUAAGGAGAUGGGUUAAUUAGAGGUGAACAUACCUUAUGUUGUAUACAGUUUUGACCGGGUCUGUUAUAUGGAUGUUUUCUUUGUAUGAGUUUUACUGUGGAACUUUAAAUAAACUAAGAACAAACAAUUUUGAAGGUUGUUAUAGUACAAUAACAGCCUGUUGUUAUGCUGCAUACUUUACUCUGAUUUGUGGGUUGCUUAAUAAACAUUAGCAUUUUCUGAGUAGUAGGAUGAUUAGUUACCCUUGCUACAUGUUUGACUAUAGUCGUGUAUGAGAAUGUUUUGCAUAUGUCUGUCAUACUUCAAUUUUUUUUUAAAAAAGGAAUGUGUACUGUGUUAAAGUGGUUACAUGCUUGUCUGUUUGCAGUUUUGAAGACAUUAAUAUUUUUUAAAAAUGUGUUUCUAAAGUCAAUAAUAUAGUAGAUAUUAAUUAAUUUUUCUUUGAUGAUGAUUAAAUUCAUUGGUGUAAGUUUUAA